CUGCUGCAGCGGCCAUGCUGCUGUCCGCCGCCUGUCUCGGUGCAUCCCGGUCCACCGCCGGUGUAGCCUGCCGCCGCUGCAUCCCUGAAUCCCAGGUUAGCGGACCGGCUUGGACCGGGUCGGCUCGGUCGUAGCGGUUCAGUCCGCCUGGAUCCACCGGAGCAGACCCGAACACGGCGCCGGUUGGCCCGGGGGGAAGAGGAGAAAGCCUCCAUAGCAACAAACCGGUUUCACGGCAUUAUUGUGAUGGAGGGAUGUUGGAGGAUGCUGGGAGUGUGACUGAGACAGAAACCCCCAAACCGACCGGAUUACCAGGAUUACCAGGACUGCAAAGCAUCGUGCCAGGUGUAAAGUGGGACUGCUGGGGCUCAGCAGGCUUGAACCAGGUCUGCGCUACAAUGUGCUGGGUUUAGAGCCAGAUCACCGGGGUUACUACUGGGUCGUUGACACUGCAGGAAGGUCACUGUGAGGACAAAUCAGCAAAGUAGAGAGUAGAUGUCUGAAUUUCGGCCCCACUAACAUGAGCGGUGUCAAAGUGGCCUUUAGUUAGAAACCCCACCUGGUCUCUCCGGAUUAAAGCAUCAAUGAAAUAGCUGAAUUUUAGAAUUCUUUUGGUGGAGAAAGGACUGUUUAUAGUAUUAACACAGUAGGAUACCACUGGAUUUAAAACAGGGUUACCUGAUCUGCAGACGGAUACUGGGACUACACUGGAUUACAGAAACCCUGCAGCCAGGACCAGACACCUAAAAAAUACCAUCUUUUGGGGGUCAGCUGGGCUACAAAGCAUGUUAGAGGUCUGCAUGUUGAACAUCACAGGGAUUACAGCUGGUCUUUGAGAAUCUGAAACCGUGUUUUGAGGACGACAGCCAGAUUACUGUGUCUACUGGUUCUACAUCGCUCUGAAUGGGAUUAUAAAACUACUGUGGUAAAAGAACAGUUAUUAGCUACUGGGUCUACAAGUGAGUCACCAAGCUUAGCACACAUCUGAUCGGGACUACACAGCAACUAGACUCAAGGUAUCCGAGCUAAAAACCAGGUAACCAGGACAAGAGUCACUGUUAUCAUACUCGGAAGAUGAAUCUUUCGUAGCAGGGUCUCUGUUGAACGCCACCGGACCAGUAUUCACCAUGUCUUUGAGUAAGACCCUCGAGCUGGAGCACUUCGAUGAACGCGAGAAGGUUCGUCGGGGACGCUCCACGCGCACUAAGAGAGAUGAUUCCACCGCCAGCGCUGGCGGCGGGGGGUCUGGCCCCAGCUCCCGGGGCAGCAGCCUGGUCCCAAGCCCUGCCCACAGUGCCAACUGCAGCUACUACCGGACCCGAACCCUGCAGGCGCUCACCUCGGAGAAGCGGGCCAAAAAGGUCCGGUUCUACCGCAAUGGAGACCGGUACUUCAAGGGUCUGGUGUACGCUGUUUCCAGCGACCGGUUCCGCUCCUAUGACGCGCUGCUGAUGGAGCUGACGCGCUCGUUGGCGGAUAACCUGCAUCUGCCGCAAGGGGUGCGCACGAUCUACACUAUAGAUGGCAGCAAGAAGAUCACCAGUAUGGACGAGCUGGUGGAAGGGGAGUGCUACGUCUGUGCCUCCAACGAGCCUUACCGAAAAGUCGACUACACCAAGAUCUCCAUCCCGAGCUGGAAGCCGGGUGCUGGCGCCGGGGCGGGACCUGCCAGCUCAAGUCGGCCCUCCACAGCAUCGACAGGGGUGUCAGCCAGCACCAGCUCCUCCAAAGAUCGUCCCGAAGGUCGUGAGAGCAGGGAGAGCAAAGACUUUAUCAAGCCCAAGCUGGUGACGGUGAUCCGCAGCGGCGUGAAGCCUCGCAAGGCGGUGAGGAUCCUGCUGAACAAGAAGACAGCUCACUCCUUUGAACAAGUGCUGGCCGACAUCACGGAGGCCAUCAAGCUGGACUCCGGGGCCGUGAAGAGGCUGUACACGCUGGAUGGGAAACAGCUGACCUGUCUGCAGGAUUUUUUUGGAGACGACGAUGUGUUCAUGGCGUGCGGGCCGGAGAAGUUUCGAUACGCUCAGGACGACUUUGUGCUCACACACAGCAGCAAAACACCUGCUUUUGUUAACGAGUGCAGAGCCAAGGCAUCUCGCUCCACCGCCCCUGCAAAAACUACAACUCCCAAGAGCCCCAGCAGCUCUGGCUUCUCCUCCUCCAGGACUCCACCUAAAGGCCUGCCCAGAACGAAGUCUCCAGGUCCAGCCAAUGAGGCCUCAGGAUCGCAUUCAGCGGGGAAGUCCUCUAGAUCCAGCCCCUCCCCCACAAGCCCUGGGACACGACGCAACCUCAAGAUGUCUCCUCGUCGUGCUUCCUCCACAGAUGUAAACGGAGAGGCAGAGCAGACAGAUGACACCGCUGUCGAAGUGAACGGGAAUCGCUCCGUUUCGUCCUCCAUCAUCAACGAGAAGUACCAGGUCGGUAAAGUGAUCGGAGACGGAAACUUUGCUGUGGUCAAAGAGUGCGUGGAGAGGUCAACAGGACAGGAGUUUGCUCUGAAGAUCAUCGAUAAAGCUCGCUGCUGUGGGAAGGAGCACCUGAUAGAAAAUGAAGUGGCGGUGCUGCGGAGAGUUCGACAUCCCAGCAUCAUCCAGUUAAUUGAGGUGGAUGAAACGCCCAGUCAGCUGUUCCUGGUCAUGGAGCUCGUCAAGGGCGGCGACCUGUUCGACGCCAUCACCUCCUCCACCAAGUACAGUGAGCGUGACGCUAGCGCCAUGGUGUUCAACCUGGCCGGAGCCAUCAAGUACCUGCACCGGAUGAACAUCGUCCACCGAGACAUCAAACCAGAGAACCUGCUGGUGUGUGAGUACCCAGACGGCACUAAGUCACUGAAGCUGGGUGACUUUGGUUUGGCGACGGUGGUGGAGGGACCGCUGUACACCGUCUGUGGCACGCCGACGUACGUCGCCCCAGAGAUCAUCGCAGAGACUGGUUACGGUCUGAAGGUGGAUAUCUGGGCGGCAGGAGUGAUCACCUACAUCCUGCUGUGUGGAUUCCCUCCAUUCAGAAGUGAGAAUAACGUCCAGGAGGAGCUGUUUGAUCAGAUUCUCAGAGGGAAGCUGGAGUUUCCGUCUCCAGAUUGGGACACCAUCAGCCUCCCAGCCAAGAUGCUGAUCAGUCAGAUGCUGCAGGUGAACGUUGACACUCGUUUCACUGCCGAGGAGGUCCUGUCCCACCCCUGGGUGACGGAUGAGGCUCCCGUAGACUCCAACACUGUGAGCAGCACUGAAGAACCGACCAGUGGCGACGCACUGGAACCAGAGCAGGAAUCCCCAAUACUGGAAACCAAACAAGUUCCCUCACCUCUGGUUUAAAACACACCCCCUUUGAUCGACCGGAAACCCAAAAAGUUUCCCCACCUCUGGUCUCGACCCGUCCAGGAAACCAAACAGGUUCCCUCAAAUAUGGACCAGAACACGUCCCCUUUCAUCUACUGGAAACCAAACAAGUAUCCCUAUCUCUGCUCUAGAACUCCUGGUUCGUGCACUGAAAACAAAGUUCCUUCACAUCUGCUCUAGAAUAUGCCCCCUUUCAUCUAAUGGUAACCAAAGGAGUUCCCAAACCUUUGGUCUAGAACUAGUCCUGUUUCAUCCAGUGGAAACCAAACAAGUUCCUACAUCUCUGGUUUUGAACAAGUCCCCUUUUAAAAACUGGAAACCCAAAUCAAAACUAGUCUAGAACUCUUCCUUUUUUCCCCCUCCAAUAAAAUCUUGAUUUUUAUCACCUGCAGUCCAGAGCACAUCCUGUUUGAUCUUGUGGAGCCCAAAUGAGUUUUAUCUUCUGGAAGCAAAACAAGUCGACCACCAUCCAAUUUAGGAGAGGACUUUUUACAGCUACCGGAAACAAAAUAUGUUCUCUGGCAUCUGAUCUAGAACACCUUCCUGUUUCUUCUACUGGAAACCAAACAAGUUCCCUCAUUCUUGGUCUACAAUAAAUCCCCAUUUACCCACUGAAAACUGACCAAGUUCCCUCAAAUCUGGUCUAGAAUCCUACCUGUUCAAUCUACUUGCCUCAGUGCUGGUCCAGAAGUGUCCCAUUGCCUUUAUGGGAAACCAGUUCUCUCACUUUUGGUCCUGAAAACAUCUUGUUUCACCUACUGGAUACUUAGCAUGUUCUUGUACCUCUAGAAACCAAAUAAGUUCAGACAAAUCUGAUCUAGAACUCAUCCUAUUGCAUCCACGGGAAACCAAAUAAGUUCCCACAAAUCUGAUCUAUAACUCGCCCUGUUUCAUCCACUGGAUACCAAAUAAGUUCCCACAAAUCUGGUCGAGAACUCAUCCUGUUCUUUCACCUGAAACUAAAUAACUUUCAACUCCUCAGUCUAUAAUACAUCCCCUUUUAUCAAUUGGAAACCAAAUGAGUUUUCUUAAAUCUGCCCUAGAAUCAGUCAUGCUUCAACUACUGGAAACCAUCAGGUUCCCUCUAGUCUCGAACAUGUAUUUUAUCUUCCAGAAACCAAAUCUAUACCCCCUUCUCUGAUGUAGAAUGUAUCCCAUUUAAUUCAAUGGAAACCAAACAAGUUCCCUCAAACCUAGUCUAGAUAAUGUCCCUUUUAAAACGUAGACAAAAGGAGUUCCCAUACCCCUGGUUUAGAACAUGUUUAUUUUCAUGUACUGGAAACCCUAAAAGACCAAACAAUCAAUCAAGUUCCUUAAAAUCUGGUUUAGAACACGUCCCCUUUUAUCAACUGUAAACCGAAUAAGUCCCCACAAAUCUUGUCGAGGACUCAUCCGGUUUCAUUCACUGGAAACCAAACAAGUUCCCACCAACCUGGUCUAGAACUAGUCCCGUUCUUUCCAAAUUACGUCCUUUGUCUAGAAUCACCCUCAGAUCUGCCCUAGAAUCAGUCCUGUUUCAGGUACUGGAAACCAACAAGUUCCCUCACCUCUGGUCUAGAACAUGUCAUAUUUUAUCUAAUGGGAACCAUCCAAAGUCCCCAUCACUGUCUAGAAUCAUCAUCAAGUAUCCUUAUCUCUACUCUCUGUUUCAUGUAUUCGAAACUGAACAAGUUCCUUCAAACCUGGUCUAGGAUAUGUCCUGUUUUUCAAUUGGAAACCAAAGUUGUUCCCACAUCUGUGGUCUAGAACACGCCCCCUUUUAAUCAAUUGGAAACCAAACAAGUUCCCCUCAUCAAGAUCUCAUUCUGUUUUUAUUUCUUUCUUGAUUUACUAGAAACCAAACUUACUACUUAUUACUUCAACUUGACACCAGACGAGUUUCUCGCUCCUUGGUCUUUAGAGACGUUUCAUUUUAUCAUCUGGAAACUGAUCAGGAUUUCUCACCUCUAGUCUGGAACAGAUGCUGUUUGCUCCACUAGAAAAAAAAUCAAGUUCCCCAUCGUUAUUUCCAACUUAUCUCAUGGAAACUGUCCUCACCUCUGGUCUGGACCAGCAUUUAAUCGACUGAAGACUUUCGAGAGUCCCGUCUCUGCUGCUGUACUGAAAAGUAUUUACAUUGUCUUUGAUAAGCUCCAACAUGAGAUGGGGUCCCAUUUUGUUUUGGCAUUUGACACUGAUGAAGUCGUCUCACUGCUACUUGAAGGACACACUCCAUAUCAACACUGGGACACCAUGAAGGUGCUAUUGGACACAUCUUGUCUCAUGGGACUGGACCCAUUUCCUUAAAAUGGCCCUCACCUCUGGUCUGAAUGACUGAACUCAGAGGGUCUGAAAAAGGCCACAAACCACUUUCAUAGGGGAAAUAUACAACUGACUCAACAACAAAUGUUCCCUCUGAUAAAGGGAUUAUUUUCUCUGUAGUCCCUGCCGUUUGGCAACCAGGAUGUCUUCCAUUUAUUCUGGGAAACAUCCCAUUUCUCCUGCCUUUACCCUCCAGCUCUCCUUCCGCUGACCUGAAGGAUGUUUCUCAUUUCUUCUAUAUGGCGCCCACCAACCCAAGGAGAUAUAUGAGUACUGUGCCUGUUUACGCUGCUGAUGAAUUCUUCUUAAUAUCCUAAAUCUCAGCCAUUUCCUUCCAUAGGUUCCACUCUUCAAACCCCAGCACUUAUCAUUAGCUGUACAGACAGAUGAGGCUCAUUGUUUUUGGUUUUUACAGAUUUUCCCUAAAAUAUACGUUGGUUUUUGAAAAAGACGCAGGUUGGUUUAAAAGAUAAAACAUUUUAAAAAAUAUGCGUUCUUGCCAAAAGUUGGAUGGGAAAAUUGACAUCAUUCCCAUGUUUGUACAUAAAGCAUGAAGUUGGAGCAGGGAGGUGAUUAGCCUAGCUUAGCCUAAAGACUAAAGGAGACUAUGUCCAAGGUUUAGAAAUCACUUUACCAGGGACUCUAAAGCUCAGUAAUUAACACAUUAUAGUUGCUGCAUUUAAUCAUUACACAAAAAGAAAUGUGAAAAUGGUUUUGUUCACCAAUAAAUCGGUCCAACAUGUAACUCUUCAUAAAACCACAAAUGUUUUUCUGCUUGUAUUUUUGUUAUGUUGAUUUUUCAAAAAACAGAUUUUAAAGGCUUUAACUCUUGAAAUUAAACAUUACCGGAUUUGUUUUGGAAAAAACGGAAGAACACCAAAAAUAAUGAGCCUCGUCUCCACAGUGUACUCUACCGAGGGACACUUUCCAACACUCCCGUCUUUCACCUGUUCCACAGCCUUCGUACUGUAACUCAAAUUAACUGAGUGUCUUCUAAACCUCACAAUUUUGGAAAAAAAGUUUCACCAACCUUUCAAAGGUUUCUACCUGCAGUAUGACUGAGGUCAAGGGGCACAUCCCAGUCCAUACCCCGAGCUCCCUGCCUCUCCUCCCGCCUGCAAGUUAGCGGAGGAUAAAAUAUGUUGUAAAUACUGUAAAUAUCACUCUGUCUGUUGGUGUCUGUCUGUGUGAGUCAGUUGUGAAGUAGGGAAACAGUAGCAGUUUUGAAAAAAUAAAUACUACAAUGAAAAGAAACAAUCAUCAUAGACAUGAUGUGUCAGUACCCCGAAAAAAAAAACCUUGUUUUCCCUAAGCAGCCAAUGUGUUGAAUUCAAAACAUAUAUAUUUUCCACAUUGAUACUGGAACAUUUUGACAGUUUAACAUUUACAGUGGUGCAAAUCUGAAGUAUCUGUACUUUACUUGAGUAGUACUAUUUCAUGACACUUACACUCCUCUGUAGGCUGGGGCGGUGUCUACUUUUUAUACCUUCCUAAAUUUUACCGAGGUAUAUGGUUAAUGACAGUAUUUGUGUGCAGUGCUGCUGCUUUCUAAAUAUCCUGGUAUACUGCCCUCCCAAGCCUUCUCCGCCCCAAGACCAAUAUUGUGCUUUUCACUUUAUCUGUCAGUUUUAGUUAUUUUAUAAAUUAAUUUUUUACAUGCAAAACACAAAGAAGUUUUAAAAUAUGAUCAAAUUAUCAAACAGUAUAUAAAAAAUUUGCUUAUAUAAUUAGUCGAGUAAUCAAUUACUUAAUUUGUCAUUUAGCAAUCAUUAAUCAGUGAAUCAUUUUUCAUGCAAAAUUACCAAGUAUUUCCUGGUUACUACUUCUCAAAACGUGAAAAUAAGUUGAAGGGGUCACUUCAAGCUCUGGAUAAUCAUGAUUAUAAAGUAGAAUAAAUGAAUUGAUUAAGAAAAUAAUCAGGAGAUGAAACCAAACUGAUUUCAUCAUUAUUUGCAGGCCAAUACAAAAUCAGCUCCACCGCAACAACUACAACAGUAAAAUACUGCUUAAAGAUUAAUAUGCGAGUAAUAAUAUAAAACAGUAUUUAUUAGGGCUGCCCCCGACUAAGAAUUUUUCUAGUCGACAAAU